CAAGUCUCGUACAGUAACAUUGUAGCUGCAAUGAGGUCUCUGCAAGCUCUUCUCUUCCUUUGGGUGGUGGCCAUGGCUUCCAGCUGGGCUGGGACUCAGGCAACCGUUGUUCGAGCCACCUACCACUACUACAAUCCAUCACAGAUCAACUGGGACCUUAGGGCCGCAAGCACUUACUGUGCUACAUGGGAUGCUGACAAGCCCCUCUCAUGGCGCCAACAAUAUGGGUGGACCGCCUUUUGCGGCCCUGAUAGCCCCGGUGCUCAGGCUGCAUGUGGCCAGUGCUUGCAGGUGAGGAACGUGGCAACAAACGCCCAGACAAAGGUGAGAAUAGUGGACAAGUGUGCUAAUGGAGGGCUUGACCUGGACUGGGGAGUCUUCAAGCAGCUGGACACCAACGGGCAGGGCUACCAGAAGGGCAGCAUGACCGUCGACUACCAGUUCGUCGGCUGCUAGGAUGCGAGAAGAUUGAAUAACUGAGAAGGCCAAUAUUAUGCAGCUUGCUAUCUGGCUGCAGAUGUUAUUCGCUAGCAUGUUUACAUGCACUAUAUAAAUUAAUAAAAGGAAUAAGAAAGCCUUCUUCAAUCACAAA